AUGGCCACGGACACCGCGCAGCAAGCCUCAGCUGAGGGACGCGCGACGGGCUUCUUCUGCAGCACCAGCGGCACCUACUUCUCCGACAAGGAGUCCUUGGCUGAGCACUAUCGCAGCGACUUCCACCGCUACAACUUAAAGCGCAAGGUGGCGGGCCUGCCACCCGUUACAAAGGAAUGGUUUGAGGCCCGCAAGGCGCAGCUGGCGUCGGCCGCGUCCGCCCCCACGCAGCGCGUGUGGUACGACCCCCUCACGCGGCGCAAGUUCAUGAGCGAGGCGAAGUACAGGGAGGCGGUGGGCAGCAAAAAGUACGCAGAACUGGUGAAGCGCAGCGGCGCGCCCGCGCCCGCGCCGGUGGUGAUGCUCAAGCGGCUCGACGAUGCGGGGCCGUCCACGAGCGGCGCGGCGGACAGACCGGCGCCGGGCUUCCAGGUCAAGGCCCCCGCGCGGCCUGCGGCUGCUCCUAGUGAUGCCAGGGCCGUGGCAGCUGAUUUGGUUGAGGAGGGGGGCAGCGAGGACGAGGAGCAGGACGAGCAGGGCAGCGAGGGCGCGGGGUCUGGAUGGGAGACGGCGUCGGCGUCGGACGAGGGCGAGGAGGGAGAGGAGGAGGAGGGUGUCUCAGACCUUGCGUCGGCCGCCGCCGGCCUCUCGCUCGGCGGCCGCGGCCGCGUGCGCGCAAAGCGCUCCGCCGCGCGCCCUCGCGGCGGCGCAGACGCCGCGGCGGCGGCGGACGGCGGGGCCGGGGCCAGCGGCGGGGAGGAUGACGAGGAGUGGGAGGAGUGGGAUGUGCGGCGCAGCCUGUUUGACAACCGCGUGUCUGGCAGCAUGCAGGAGAAUCUCGAGUACAUGUACAAGAACUUCGGCUUCUACUUCCCUGAUGUGGAGUUCUUGACAGAUCCCGAGGGUCUGCUGCGCUAUCUGGGCUCCAAGCUGCAGUACGGCAAGGUCCCGCUGUACACGCCCGGCGACGACCCCAAUGCGCGCCAGUUCCGCUCGCUGCACGCGGUGCAGCGCCACAUGGUGGACGCCAACCGCUGCAAGAUGGCGUACGACGACAACGAGGACGAGUACGCCGAUUACUACGAUUACGGCGCGGCGGCGGGCGACGAGGCAGAUGGAGACGCGGACGCGGCGGGCGGCGGCGGCGCGCUGGUGGCGGCCGGCGGGGGCGGCGGCGGGGCGGCCGACCUGGCGGUUGAUGGGCUGGAGCUGGUUGUAGGGGAGGGCAGCGGCGGCGGCGGCGGCGGCAAGGUGCUGGGGUCGCGCUGGCUGGCUCGGUACUACAAGCAGCGGCCGCGCCCCACGGGCGCGCCCGGCCGCGAGCAGCGCGCGGCGGCCCUCGCUGCGGCCCCGGCGGCGGCGGGCGUUGUGGCGCAGUACCGCGCGCUCGGCAUCGAGACGCGCGCGCCGGAGGCCGUUGCGGCGGCGCGGCGCGCCCAGCGGGCGCAGCGGCGCGGCGAGCGGUCGCGGCUGAACCUCGCCAUGAAGGCCAACAUCCUGCACAACCUGCCCAAGAACGUGACGUAUUGA